GACGGCGGCGUGGAGCUCCAGGUCGUGCACUGCCUCGGCUCCCUGGGGGAGCCGUCGGCGGCGUACGCGCUGGACCACCUGCAGAGGCUGCUCGCCUCUGGGGGCGAGGGGCGCUGCGCCGAAGUGGGCCUGAGCGGCUCCAAGGAGCGGGCCCGCCUGCUUGCGUGGAGCGACGCCACUUGCCCGGAGUUCGAGGCCUGCGGCUCCCAGCGCGUGCACGAGGCGUUCGCGAGGUGCACGACGGACUGGCCGCACGCCACCGCCACGGCGCUCGUCGAGGAUGACAGGGCCGCCACGUACUCGCAGCUGGGGUCCAUGGCCGCGCAGGUCGCGGGGCGGCUCGUCGAGGCCGGGGUCGAGCCAGACUCGCUCGUGCCGCUGAUGUCGCCGAGGUGCAUCGAGAUGAUCCUGGGGAUCUACGGUAUCCUGAUGGCGGGGGCCGGGUACUUGCCGCUGGACCCCGGGUGGCCGGCCGAGCGGCUGGCGGAG